AUGACCGACCGUCUCACCACUCUACAAAGCUUCCCCUCUAAACCACGCGUCUUCAUCGUGUCGGAUAUAUCCAACGAACCCGAUGAUGCCGAGUCGCUCGUGCGCUACCUGCUGUACAGCCACCAGUUCCAAACCGAGGGCUUGGUCGCAUGUACUUCAACAUGGAUGAAGAAUAGGGUCUGUCCGCAAGAUAUGCACAAGAUCAUCGACGCCUAUGAAAAAGUCGUCGACAACCUCAACGCCCAUGUUCACCCCAGUGCUCAAUACCAGCCGGCGGACUACUUCAGAGGCCUCGUGCGCAAAGGCGCAGAGGUAUAUGGUAUGGAGGCAGUGGGGGACGACAUCCCUCUCAGCGAAGGCGGCGAGCUGCUCCUCGAGCGGAUCCAGCAUCCUAGCGACCAGCCCCUAUGGAUACUCUGCUGGGGCGGCACCAACGUUCUGGCCCAAGUACUUCUUCGCAUUGAGAAACUGCACAGCAAAGAUGAGGCCGCUAGGCUACGCUCCAAGCUCCGUGUUUAUGCCAUAUCGGACCAGGAUGACACGGGUCCUUGGAUUCGUCACCGCUAUCCCGACAUCUUCUACAUUGCGUCUGUCCACGGUUGGAACCACUAUGGUAUGGCUGCUUGGACUGGGAUCUCAGGGGACAAGUACUACAAUUUUGAUCAAGGAGGGCCUGACUUUACUAAAAUGAGCAAGGAAUGGAUCCGGGAGAACAUUCAGAUUGGCGAUCUGGGCUCCGCAUAUCCCGAUUACCUAUUCAUUCCUGAGGGUGAUACCGCUACUUUCUUGUACUUGAUUCAGAACGGGCUUGGUGUGCCUGAGCAUCCAGAGUACGGCUCAUGGGGUGGCCGGUACCAGCGGUCUGAUAUCAGUGCCAACGGCCUUGCCAGCCUUCACUAUGGUGAUGCUGUUGACAGGGUAGUUGGAGCGGACGGGCGGACAUAUAAUACAAAUCACGGCACUAUCUGGCGUUGGAGAGACAGUUUCCAGAACGACUUUGCUGCGCGCAUUCAAUGGUCUCUCUCACCGAACUUCGAUGCGGCCAAUCAUGCCCCGAUUAUCGCUGUAAACGGCGACACUAACCUGACGCCGUUAGAAAUCGAGGCUGAAGCCGGAUCAACUUUCACGCUCGACGCAUCGGAGAGUUAUGACCCAGACUCCGGCGACGUUCUGAAAUUCAAAUGGUUCCACUACAAGGACCCGAGCGCUACCCAGUGGUGGGUGGAUGCAGAGGUCGCAGAUCUAGUAAUCAAGCCCGUUGAUGAGGGCCGGAAGGUCGAUGUUACAGUGCCUCCACCAGAGAGGUGUUGCGUGGAAUUGAUGAGCAGGCAGCCCGUCCCUCGGGGACAGAACCUGCAUCUGGUCUUGCAGGUAACGGAUAGUGGUUCGCCUCCUCUGACGAGCUACCGAAGGGUAUUGAUUCAGACGACAAACCCUCGACUGGAGGGGGGAGGCAAGGGGGCUGAUGCUGUGGGUGAGCUGAUGGCGGAAUUUGCAUAG